CUUAUCGUGGGAGCUAGCAUAACCUGCUUUCUGGAAUACCCCCCUGUCAUUUCUGGGACACCGUUUCAGCAGAAGAGCAGUAUUUCAUGAGAAAUUAUGGGUGGGACCGUUGGUGUGAAGCAACCCCACCCACACUUCCCGUCACCCCUUUGUUUACUCUCCUGCUGGCUUACAGCUCCUCAUAUUGACAUUACCGGUGCGAGCAUAUCAGAGCUAUCCAGACAUACAGUGUUGAGCGGGAUGCCAGCUCGGACGAGGAAACAAAGACGUUCCUGGAUCUACAAGUGAUUGCUGGUGGCUCACUGUUAUGUGUUCUCCGUCACACGUUUGUCUACUUCUUAUUCACCACAGCUUGAGUACUCAGAAAUACUCAGAAAUGCCAUUUUAAUCUUCUUCAUGUUUGUAAAAAUGCCAACAGAACAAGUUAAAACUCCUGUCAUUUGUAGGAAAUGCAACAUUUGCUGAAAGUCUUAGAUGGAGAUGUAACCGGGUUUAUUUUAAUAUUUUUUAUUUAAGUUUGUUUUUAUCUGUUUAAUUGUAUUUUUUUUUUACUUUAUCAAAGUUGUUUACAUUUUUCUAUGCCUGUUGUAAUUGUAAUUUGAUGAACACUUUGUCCAACAAUAUUGUAAACCUCAAGUGAUUUUUCAAUUUAAAGAAAGAAAGAAAUGAUGGGUUUUGUGUGGAUUUCCAGAGGGAAGGGGGGUUUCGGCCCUGCGGGGGGAGGGGGAGGGGCAGACGGCAGGAAGAGACCUGCGCGGUAACCGAGAAAAAAAAAACAAAAAAAAGAAAACCUCGAACCCCCGCAGCGGUGACGCCGUGCGGGGAAGCGCGCAUUGUUAGAUACGGAAAACGGUCAAUGUUUUCAUCGAACCGGAGAAAUGUUAACUGACGACCCCCCACCCUUUAAGAAGACGGGGUCAAAGUUCACAGGAAGCUGGGGGGCUGCCAUUUUCCCCCCGCUACUGCUAAUGUGUAACGGCGGAUGCUAAAUCGACGGCAGGGGCGGCUCGGUUUGGGUCUGCAGCUAGCUUGUUUCAGCCGUGCCCGCGUCUGCACGCGCGUUCAGCCGUUUCUCCCGCCUUUGUCGCCAACACCCCUUGGACUUGGAUGAAUCUGGAAUGGAGAAAGUAGCAGAGCCGUCUUGGACUUCCUCCUACACCUACCAGGUGAGCAGGCACAGCGCAGAGAUGCUAUACAACCUCAACGUUCAGAGGAAAGAUGGAGGCAGGUUCUGCGACGUGCUGCUGCGCGUCGGAGAGGAGAGCUUCCCCGCUCACAAGGCGGUGCUGGCCGCCUGCAGCGAGUACUUCGAGGCGGUGUUUGGCCGCCAAGCGGAGGGUGACGGGGACGCCCGGGAGCUGGAGAUGCACACGAUCAGCCCCAAAGUUUUUAAGGACAUCCUGGACUUCGCCUACACCUCCAGGAUCGUGGUUCGCCUGGAGUGUUUCCCGGAGCUCAUGACAGCCGCAAAGUUCCUGCUGAUGCGCUCCGUCAUCGAGAUCUGCCAGGAGGUCAUCAAGCAGUCCAACGUCCAGAUCCUGGUCCCCACCGCCCGCGGAGGAGACGCCAGCCUCUUCCAAAGCGGCGGGCCGGUCGAGCUGGGCUUCCCGGUGCCUCCGCAGGAUCUGGUGAACGGAGCGGAAAUGCUGCUGAACGGGCAGGGCUUCGCCGCCGGCGCGCACAUGCACGCGGAGGACCACGACGGCGCGGCGGCGGCCGCGAUGCUGGAGGACGGGGGCGAGUCCUCGGUGCCGAUGCUGGAGCCCGUGGAAGGACUCUCCGUGUCCCCGUCAACGGAAAUAACGGGGAGCGCGGCGCAUCCCGACGCGGGCUCCCCCGCAUCGAAGAGGGGGAGGGGGAGACCAAAGAAAGAAACUAGCGCUCAUUUCAACCACCACAACAACAACAACCAGAAGCACGGCGAGCUGUUUCCUUGCGGGGCGUGCGGGAAAGCCUUCACGGAGGCUUCGCGUCUGAAGAACCACGAAGCACAGCACGGAGCCUCGUCCGGGGGCGUCAGCAGCCUCCCGGACAGCCUGUCGGCCGCGGGGGGGUUCUCUCUGCUGGCGCUGGAGAACGGCAUCCAGCUGCCCGGGGGCUUGGCGCUGGACAACGGCCGCAAACGGGAGAGGACCAGGCGGCACGUGGGCUGCGAGAUCUGCGGUAAAGUGUUCCGGGACGUGUACCACCUGAACCGACACAAACUCUCCCACUCUGGCGAGAAGCCGUACGCGUGUCCCGUUUGCGGGCUGCGGUUCAAGCGGAAGGACAGGAUGUCGUACCACGUCAGGUCCCAUGACGGCUCCGUGGGCAAACCGUACGUGUGCCAAAGCUGCGGGAAAGGCUUUUCCAGACCAGACCAUCUGAAUGGGCAUAUCAAGCAAGUGCACACAACAGAGAGACCCCACAAGUGCCAGAUUUGCAAUGCGUCCUUUGCAACAAGAGAUCGCCUUCGGUCACACCUUGCUUGCCACGAGGAUAAAAUCCCCUGUAAAGUUUGUGGGAAGUUCCUGCGAGCUGCUUACAUGACAGACCACCUCAAGAAACACAGCGAAGGAGCUCACAACUACUGUGGCAUUUGCAAUAAAGGUUUCUCCACUGCAUCCUACCUUAAGGUGCAUAUAAAGACGCACCAUGGCUCCCUUCUUUCCCCCACUGCCACCAUGUACCCCUUCCCUGAGCCAAGGGGGGAUCUGCAGAUGCACAGCGGCGCCCCUUACUUCAUGGGACACCAGUGCUCAGUGGAAGACAUGUGUGCCAGUCGCCAGCUGCUUCUCACCUCGUCUGAGGCAGAGGGUCGUUUUCACGGGUUGUCGGGUCACCCGGUCCUUUCUCAGCCCGGCCACUCGCGCCUCUGCUUGCAGUCUGAGCUGCUCGUGGGGAAGCCAGGCGGCACUCCGUAUUUCUGGGAGUGUCACUCCGGCGGGGUGCCUGGCUUCCCCUCCCAUGAGCCGGACACAGACGGACAGGAAGAUGACAGGAAAUGCCCUCAUCUGGACUCGGAGGAAUCGGACGCUUCGUUCAGGGAAAUGUCCAACGGCGACGAGUUAAAAUCUCCCCACAAAUCCGACGGGCCUGAGCAGGAGAUGUCCUCUUUAGACUGCAACGGAGCCUCUGCUGAGCUGCUGGCGUCUCCGGACGGCUCCAAGUCCAAGGCGGAGCCCGAGAAGAGGUUCGGCUGCGACAUCUGUGGACAGGCUUUCCGCACCAAGUCCUACCUCAACAAGCAUCAGCACAGAGUUCACAAAGCCCAGAGGCCCCAUGGGCUCUCAGGGUCUGGGCUGAGUGACAUGGCCUCCGCUCUGACUUCUCCGUUCUCCCUUCAGCAGAACAUGUCGCUGCUGGAGUCCUUUGGCUUUCAGAUAGUCCAGUCGGCGUUUGCCUCCUCCCUCGUGGACGCAGAUGCGGGUCAGAGUGGAAUAGACUUUGGAGGAAAGUGACUUCAGCCUUUCAGGACACAGAAGAUGGUCUAUCUGGAAAUAACUUUGCCUCAAGACUCUUUUUUCCUUAAUUUAAUGUCUAAUACUUUUGUCAAAAAUGGCCAUAUUGAGUCCUAUUUUUUUCUAGUUUUUCAAAGUGUAAAGAAAGGGUAUUUGGACUGUACUUUUUUCCUAUGACAUGAAGAUAUUUCUUGCAAUGGUUAUUUGUUUAAAGUAUGUUGUUUAGCUUUAUUUCUUUGGCCUCUUUGGGAUGAAGCGAGCUUCAGUCGCUCCAGUCAGGUUCCCCGUUUAUUCUUUUGCUGUUACACUUCUGUCUCCUCUUUCUUGUUGGCAGACUGCUAUUCUUUUACGACUUUUUGGACUUCUGACAUUUCUUUAUGUUGGUCAUUAAGAAAACGCCUAGUGUUUGUCAGGAGUGGAAAAGCUCUCAUUCAGAAAGUCAGUAUUUCUGGCCAUUGAGUUGCCUUGGUAACUGUUGGGGACCUUGACAUUUAAUUGUUUUUGACAGUGUUGGUAUUGAGAAGCACUUCUGUUUAAAAAAAAAACCUUUUCAAUUUUAUUUUUUUGGUAUUUAUAAAUUUAGUCAGAAAAAACAGGAAAUGAAACGUGAAAAAUUACUAUUAGUUGUAUUACAGACCCGUCAUUUUGAUAAGACGUUUGUCCUGAAGUGUUCUGUUUUCCUCUUAUUCCUCUUUCUAUCGUGUUGGUCCAUCUGUUUGUUUCAGGUUUUAUAGCUGAUAUCCAGAGACGAAGCUCAGAGCUGCAAUGCAAACGUCUGAAUCCUCCAGAACAUGUGUGGAGGGGAGAAAGAGGCUUUUUGGGAGGAGCCAUGAACAAGAACACAAAGCCCAUGAGCCCUGAGGCCUUUAACAGUGACGGGUGUUAUUAAACAUUUCCACGCUGAGACUGUCUUAGUGACCAAACCUUGAAAAGCCGUCUCUGAAUGUGGAUUCAGAGGAAAAGUCAGGUUUUGGCGAAUGCUGCCGUCUCAUCGCGGCGCCGCUUCUCCAUGCUGACUGCUAGGACUGUUUGUUUCAAGAAGACGAUCUUAGGACGAGGGAUCGUUUCUACAGCUCAUUUGUGUUUUUUCCUCAGUAUGUAAAAAACCUGGAACAGCAACCAAAAGUGUGAAUUUUCCUUAUAAAUCCAGGGAAAGAAACCUUACCGUUUAGGUUAAUUAGUCCUUUUUUUUCUGGUCCUACAAAAAAUCUUUGAUUUUGCUGCAGAUUGUUCUCUUUCACAGUUUAAUAGAAAUAUGAAGAUGUUUUUGUUCAUAAGAUGACGCUCAAAGGGACACAGCCUCCUGGUUGGCAAACAAAUCGAUGAACUUCUUCACCAUCAGCAUCCAAACGGUUUUUGAUUCUUGUCUUCUGCUUUCUGAGUUGUUAUUUGCACACACUUCUAAAAGCUGCUCAUCUUGGAGAGAGAGGACGUGAAGCUGGACACCCCCCAAGAUGGAAAAGAAGAUUCAGCUGCACCCCUUUCUUUGUUUAAAUGGUAUCUCCUCAUUUUUAAUUGGUUAUGUUAACCUGAGAUGAGACGCUGACGUGUUGGAGGAAAUGCGGUGGUAAAAAGGCUUGGCUUUGACUUUUCUGAUGGAACAAACCACUACAGCCACGGUCAUAAGCUGACAUCGCCGUACAAUGUUUGUACAAUUUCUGGGCAUCAAAGUGUGUACGCUCUUAAUAUAGCUCUGAUGUGGGUGACUGUCCAACAUUCAAAGGCUGAGCACACGAGUGUGAUUGUCUGUUCUUUACUUUGAAUCAUUUGUAAGUACUUUUGUUCAUUUCAGUACAUUCCUGUUAUUUAUGGUUAUAUCGUGAUUGUAACAAGUGUAUAGAGCUCAUAUACACAAUCUAUAAAUAUAUAUAUAUAAAAUAUAUAAAUGAACCAACCAGAAUGAUCAGUGUUUGUCAGUGGUGGUCCUGUACAUAGAUUUCUUUGACAUUCUGUUGUGGUUUGUGGGGGAGGGACGGUCAAUUCUGGCCGUUGAAGGUGGAAAGUGCAUGUCGGUGGAACAGCCGGAGCUGAGGACUGUCGGUCGCCGGUUGGUGGUGUUUGAACUCACCACCAGCCGCUCGACUCGUCUCUUCACACAAGUCUUUUUCCAUCCACUCUGCACUAGUGUUUACUCCUGCAAACCGUUUCAUUCUAAAUAUUGUUUGCAGACGUGGAAAAUACUGUAAGAAAAUCUUUUGGUUGUCACUUGGACAUAUGGUGUGGUUUCCUACAUGUUGGUACCUAGAUGUUAAUGCUUUUAUUGAUUAUUUAGGCCUAAAUAUUUGUGUUUAUUUUUAUUUUUUUGGUCUGUUGCAAAGUGCCUUCCAAAUACUGAUUGUGCACAGCAGUGGAUGAAAAAAGGUCCUCUUUUUCUAAAGAGUAAGAAUUAGUGACUUGCAUUGACACUUUUGUAUUAAAAAAGCAAAAUGAUGUUAUCUUGGUUGUUUUUUUCUUUCAUUUUACUCAAGAUUGCUCUUAAACAGAAGCUACGUGCUUUGUUAUGAUGUCUUUGGACAUAUUUCAAUAUAAACAUACUUUUUUCUACA